AUUGCACGUCGGGUUGCCGGACACGAGAAAGCUUCACUAUGCCGCGAGACGCCCGUCGGACAACGUCCCGCCCGCGUACAGAAGUGCUCCUUUUGCGCAUUCCGCUAUACUUUUCCACCCGGUCCUCAAAUACAAACGAUGGAUUCAACUCCGGUGCCCCUGUCUCCGCCGGCCUCGCCACAGCUCAAGCAAGUACACGUGGAGCCGCUGCAAUCUUCCUUUAGCGUAGCAGCCCUCCUGGGCGAGAAGUUAUUGCAAAAGGAGAGCGUAAAUUUGGAAACGCGGACGGGCCCCGAGAACUCCGCUCGACCUGGUUUGCCUCUCACUCCUCAGCCUUCUGACUCCGAGGAAGACGAGCCACCCCGUAAGCGGCGCUGCAAUGACAACUGUGAGCUGGCCAAGGUUUUAUUAGAGGGAACACCACCACCGAGUCCUGAGCCAUCUAGAGUGUCAGUAAUAAUGAAGGCAAACCGUGACGGCACCUACAGCCCCGCAAGUUUAUUGCCGAAAAUCUUCGAGACGCCCUCGAGUUUUCCCAAAACUAAUAUGGGAAUUAACGCAAGUCAAAAAAAAGCACCAGAGGAAACAGAAAAUGUGUUAAAGAGCUUGAAGUUCAAGAUGAGCUUAAGAAAGGAAGAAAUCAUCGUUAACAACAAGAAUACUGAUCGCGAGACCGUGCAUCCCCGACUACAGCCAUUGGCUCCGAAACCUACUCCCAUUGCCAUGGUCACGGGACUUCUAGGACCUAGUUCUUUGGUGUUGCCGAGGGCACCGCUGUUCCUAGUAACCGCUCCGGCUAUCACGACGAAUGACACGAGUAUAAGUCUCCCGGAAGCUGCGGUUCGCCGCAGGGUGUAUGAAUGCGAGCAUCCAGGUUGCGGGAAGAAUUAUUUUAAAUCCUCGCACCUGAAAGCCCACACCCGCACACACACCGGCGAACGACCUUUUCCUUGUCCUUAUGAGGACUGCGGUCGUAGAUUCUCUAGGAGCGAUGAGCUCUCGCGGCACAAAAGAACCCACACCGGGGAGAAGAAGUUUGUAUGUACGGUUUGCCAACGACGUUUCAUGAGGAGUGAUCAUCUGGCAAAACAUGUCAAACGACAUGCUCGCGAUAGAAUUCCUAACGGUGGACAGGGUGCACUUCCUCAGAUGGUACCUACACCCCUGAGAGUUAACUUGUUGCCAGUCCUCACACCCGGGUUACCUCAACAACAUAUAUUGCCGCCACGGCUGGCCGCAUGAAGCGAUUUUCCUGAUACCGUCGAAAGCGGUCAACUUAUAAGCAAGUCAUCGGGAUGAAUCCCGAAAAGUAUCGCUCUCCCUGGUGGAUCUACUGGGUGGCCCUGCUAAUUUUAUCACCGAUAAAAUGAUUCCUUUUCGAAGUGAAUUUAAAGAACAUCACUCGUUCAUUUGGUCGUUUCGUAGAGCAAAUAAUCGUGUUGUUGUUGAUCUUACACAUGGUGUAGACCUUGGCAACUCGAAUAAUGGUCAGUCUACAGGCAGAAAUCUGUUAAUGUAGAUUGCAAAGGACUGCUUCAUUUGGGAGAUAGACCACGAAUCGAAUAAUAAUUGACAAUUGUAGCUGAUCGUAGCUGACAGCGGCUUGUCAGCAGGUCGUUCCAGAACGAUAUUAAGUAAUGCAUCGCAAUCCUUGAUGAGUACUAGUUAAAAAGUGCUAGUUAAGAUACAUAAAUUAAAACCAUUGGUGGUGGCCAAUAUGUAAGUUGGCCAUUGUGAUGCGAAUACAGUAUGAUUAUGUAUGAAAGAAAUUUGAGCAAUACUUCGAAAAAUUCGAAGUAGUAAAAACGUCCGGAAUUUUAAAUGUGGACGAUAAAAAGACUGUUUAUUCGCGGAAUCUCUUGUAUCUGCCACAUUUGAGCAAGUUCGGUCGCAGUUUAGAGGCAAAACUUUUUACUUCAACAGCAUAUACUGUUCCUCGCUUUCAUAUUCGGUUUCACUUGCUCAAGACAAUUCAAAAUAUCAAUUUUUUGUUAACUCUGUGGAUUAUUUUUAUCUACUAAGGUCUACUUUGGGUCUUCUAGACCUCUACAUUUAUUUUUACAUUUCUUUUAAUAGAAGUGAGGAUAAUUUUAAAGGCACUACCAAGAUCCCGUAAAAUUCUAAGUCAUAUAACUUUUAGUCUAGGAAAGCCGGUUUAUACAUGUAUUACAGCUAGAACAGGGGAUGCUGUAAAAGUGUUACCAAACUAUGAAGAAACUGACUGCUACUAAGAUAGAUUUACGCUCCUCGCCAAUUUUUCUGGCGGAUUUUUCGCAAUUUUCAUCUAUCAUCGUAGGUGAUCAGGAAAUAAACAAUACAAUUAAUACUUACAUUUCUUUGGAGCCGUGUUGGGACUCUAGGUAGCGAGAAUACCGAUAAAAAGUAAAAUGGUGCUUACAAUCUCGAAAUGAUACAAAAAAAGAAGCAGUUUAGGAGUCUACGGCCGUCCGUAAACCUAAGUAUCUAAGUGUGUCUGUGAUUUGUGAUGCAACCGAGCCGUGGAAUAUUUAUUGGUAAGAAAAUUAAAGGCGUGGGUGCUUUGCAAGGUGCUCUAAACCAUAAACACCGCCUUUUUAACCGCGUAAUAAAAUUUGCCACUAUCCUCGACCUGCGAAUCGCAGUGUACGGUUUAACACCCUUUUGACCGGGAUACAAGACUUAUUAACUGUAAAUAGAAUGUUUUGUACAUAUGCGUUGUUACAUGAAAACCAAAUAAAAAGACUUGUAUACUUUCGUAAA